UCCUAGUAGGAGAUCUCAAUCCUCCUUGCUGGAUUAAAAGUAAGAAAAAAAUAAUAAUACUUUAAUUUUAAGAUUUAUUUAAGAAAAAACCAAAGAAAAAAAACACUAAUUUCUAUUAAAUUUUGGCACAAGUUUUUAAGAACAAGAACCAGUUAAAAUACCCUUGCAGUUAAAAUUGGAAACGUCGGAUAUAGUUUGUCGAUCCUUAGAGUAUAAAUAAAUUAACCAAUAAACUAGUUAUAUAUACAAUAAAGCUAAAACAAAGUCCCAAGCUUCUAUCUUCAAAAAUAGAAAAGUUGGUAUUUUUACCAAAUACCAAUAACCAUUUCCGAUCGUUCUGCUAUAUUUCAGCUAUAACUUAGUUGGCCAAGUAACAAGUUUGAAAAAGCAAAGUUUAUAGUAGGCCUAGACAUAAGAGUACUUCAAGUUCUGAGCCCAGACACAUCAGUCUACAAAAGCAACUGAUACAGGCCAGUCCUAGCUGAUAAAUAUACAACAAAUUUAAAUUUCAUCAAAAUAUAAAUAGUAAAAUGGAUACCUUUGAGGUCGUUACUAAGGGGCGAUGUAAAGGGAUCAGGAUUCUUAAACCGACAUCGACCAUCCCACAACCUCCAAAAAGAACACCGUGGCCUCAAGAGAGUCCCAUACUUACCCCAGAACUAAUCGCCAAAAAAUAUGUCAUUGUUAUUGAUGUGAAGGGGCGAUAUAAAGGGAUCCUUAAACCGACAUCGACCAGCCCACAACCUCCAAAACCGGAGUCACCUCUAAAACCGGAGUCACCUCCAAAAAGAACACCGUCGCCUCCAAAAAGAACACCGUCGCCUCCAAAAAGAACACCGUCGCCUCAAAAGAGGGCCCUACUUACCGCAGAACAAAUCGCCAAACAACAUGUCAUUGGAACUUUUGGUCUAGAAUUCGAUAAUAGCGAUCCUGAUUGCGUUGAGAUAACGGCCACAGUUCAGGAGCCGAGAAUACCCUUGAAUUUUCGGGAUCCUGUGCCUCCCGGCGAAGAUAAGCUACACGAGCUGAUUGUCUGCAACACCCAGGGUGAGCUGGUGGCAACAAUACCUUUUCUAGAGAGCGACUACCGUCAGGUCCUCGCCGAGUAUCUUGACCGGGACCGGAUCUCCAAAGAGGGCCAGCCUUAGUCCUGACGUUAUUUUUUUUUGUUUUUUUCGUGGAGUUCCUGAAGUCAAGAAUCUAUCUUCUGAAGAUUUCCAAAAUUAUCGAUAAACUUACCUCUCGACCCGCACUCACAGUCUACCUACUUUUCAAAGACUCUCAAUGGAGGGGGUCUAGGGAGAACCUGGGCCCAGAACCACCCCGAAGAGCCCUGAGCGCAAAAUCGGAUUUACGGAGAAACCUCUUUGCUGCCACAAAUUUUCCAAAUUUCCAAUUUCGUAAUUUCUAUAAUCAUUUAAA